AUGCGGACGUCUAUUGUACUUGUGGUGCUGCUGGCAGUAGCUUCACACACUGCGGCGAAGCCAAAAAACCGUUUCACUCGCUAUCCAUCAUGGAACACUAAGAUGUACCCGGUCUGGAAAGAUGGAGACCCACGAUACAAAGACUCCUGGAAAGGUGGAAGAGUGACCUUUAAUGUAGGGAAUGAUUCACCAACUCUGACCGGAGCUAAAGUUACCUUCACCAUCGACUUGGAGUUUCCACACAACCAGAGGGUGCAGCCUAACGGAGACGUUGUUUGGGCUGAAGACUGCAUCGUCAAUGGAACAAAAUACCACGAGUCUGAGCCAGUAUACCCAACACAGAACACAGACUGGGAGGCUGUUUUUCCUGAUGGGACACCAGUUAAGAAAGACAAGAAGCCGAGUUAUGUGUUUGUCUGGAAGACCUGGGGUCAGUACUGGCAGGUGGCUGACGGCCCCUCCUCCUCUCUGACCAUCGGUACAGACGACAUCCCACUGGGCUCCUACACCAUGGACAUCGUUAUCUACCACUACCGGAGCAAAGAGAAGUUCAUUCCCCUGGGAUAUGCCUCCACCCAGUUCUCCAUCACCGAUCAAAUCCCCUUCGCUGUCUCCCUGGACCAAGUGAACGACAUUGUGGCCGGGGACAUGCGCUUCAUCCAGAACAGGGCGAUCGCCUUCACCAUCACCCUCCACGACCCCAGCGAGUACCUCAGCAACGCGGACAUCACCUUCAACUGGGACUUUGGGGAUGAAAGCGGAGCCCUCAUAUCCAGAGAGCUGACUGUCACUCACACCUACAUCAGCUCCGGCUCAUUCAAGCCUCAGGUGGUGAUACAGGCAGUCAUCCCUGAUAAGGCCUGUGAUCCACCAGUUGCCACGCCAACCAAGGCCCCUACUGAUCAGGGCACUACAGUGAAAGCUCCCGCACUGGCGUCUGCUCUCCCUCUACUGGUUUCCACCAAGGCACCUGGUCCAAAUGUCAACGUGGUGCCUUCAGACACAGAGGAGGACAACACUGAGGAUGAGGCCUCCACUGCCUCCACCACCCAGGCUGCCCAGGAAACGCCCACAGUGACCAAGACCCCCUCCCCUAUCAACCAUGACCUGUCAGCUGACAGCGAUGCGGGGGCUGGGCUUACAGCAGGUGCAAAGCGAACUGUGACACUGACAGGCCAAGCUGCAGUGGUAGUAGUUGCGAAGCGGGAUGCUGACGAUAAACCCUCUGAUGACGACUGCGUGAUUUAUCGAUACGGCUCCUUCUGCACCGGCAUUGAGGUGUUUGAGGGCAUUGAAAAAGUAGAGAUAGUUCAAAUGGACAAUGCUGUGAUGGCAACACCAGAAAAGGACAAAAAUGUUUUGGAUAUCACCGUUACCUGCCAGGGAAGCCUUCCUAAAGAGGUGUGCAGCGUGAUUCUGGACGUAGAGUGCUUGAGGCCAAUUCACACCAUGUGCAACAUGGUGGAGCCCUCGAAGGAGUGCCAGCUGGUGCUCCGUCACUUCUUCAAUGACUCUGGUGUCUACUGCAUCAAUGUGUCUAUGGCCAAUGACGUCAGUUUAGCUGUCACCAGUGCCAAAUUCAACCUCGAGAUGGGUCCCACUGUUUCCUCCUCCGGCACUGUCGCCAUGUUGUUGGGUGUCGUGGUGCUUGUUCUUGCAGUAGGAAUUGUGGCAUAUUCCUACAAGCGUUUCAAGUCCUACCGACCUCUGAAGGAAGACACGACUGCGUCUGGAGGCCAGCAGCACGGCCGGGCUCACAGCUGCUCUGGAGCCUUGAUCUUCUGGAACCUCCUGAACAGACGAGGAGCCGUCGACAACUGCCCUCUGCUGCAGGACCGGCCAGUGUGA